AAUUAGAUACACAGCUUUUGAAGAGUUACACCAACCUCUGCCUACCAUUAUAACUUGUUCCUUUUGUUGUUCCACCAAUUCUGAAGAAAAUAACAACUCCAAACUCAUAAAAAUGCAUUUUAGUAGACAUUCUGAAAAUGAAGAUACCAACAACAACACUCAUACAAUGGCCUCUUGCUUCCACCCUCCUCCUAAGACCACAACCCACAGCGAAGAAGACUCGAUCAUACUCUUCUCAGCAUCAAACUCUCCCGACGAAUACUCCUCAGCCUCCUCUUCCUUCUCUUCUUCACCACUCCCGACCCCUAACCGCUACUCCCUAACCGUCGCCAACCUCUCCUACACCAUCCACCACGUCACCAUCCUCAAAUCCGUAACCUUCACAACCCAACCCUCAAAACUCCUCGCCGUGGUGGGCCCAAGCGGAACAGGCAAAUCCACACUUUUAAAAAUCAUCUCAGGUAGAGUGAGCCACAAGGCACUAGAUCCCUCCUCCACCAUAUCUAUAAACAACAGUAGAAUCAUCAACAACAACAACAAUCAGCAGCUACGUAGACUAUGCGGAUUCGUCCCUCAAGACGACGAUCUCCUCCCUCUGCUCACGGUGAAGGAGACGUUAAUGUACAGCGCCAAGUUCAGUCUGCGUGACUCAACUGCGAAGGAGAAGGAAGAGAGAGUGGAGAGCUUGCUGAGAGACCUAGGCCUCGUUCAAGUACAAGACAGCUUCGUCGGAGAAGGAGACGAAGAGGAUCGUGGAGUCUCCGGAGGUGAGAGGAAGAGAGUCUCUAUAGCCGUUGAGAUGAUCCGCGACCCGCCGAUUCUUCUCCUCGACGAACCGACUUCCGGUUUAGAUAGCCGGAACUCGCUCCAGGUCGUCGAGCUUCUAGCCAACAUGGCGAAGACCAAGGAGAGAACAGUAAUCUUCUCGAUCCAUCAGCCUAGCUACAGAAUCCUCGAUUACAUCUCCGAUUACCUGAUCCUCUCUCGAGGAUCGGUGAUCCACUUCGGGAAUCUCGAGCAUCUCGAGGACUCGAUCGCGAAGCUAGGGUUUCAGAUCCCCGAACAGCUCAAUCCGAUCGAGUUCGCGAUGGAGAUCGUCGAUUCGUUACGCGAUUCGAACCGCGUAGACUCCUCUCGAUCUUCACUAUCAUCGAUCGAGAACGAGAAGGAGAAGGAGAACGAGACGAUGAUGACUAAGAAGAAGCAAGAGCCUCGCGGACUAGUCGACGUAGCGGAGAUCUCGUUCCUCUGCUCGAGGUUCUGCAAGAUCAUCUACAGGACGAAACAGCUCUUCCUAGCGAGGACGAUGCAAGCAGUCGUGGCGGGGCUGGGCUUAGGAAGCGUGUACACGAGACUCAAACGCGACGAAGAAGGUGUAGCGGAGAGGCUCGGGCUCUUCGCCUUCAGCUUAAGCUUCCUCUUGUCCUCGACCGUCGAAGCUCUUCCCAUUUAUCUCCGAGAACGCCGCGUUUUGAUGAAAGAAACGUCUCGAGGAUCGUACAGAAUCUCGUCUUACAUGAUCGCCAACACGAUCGCGUUUGUACCGUUUUUAUUCGUUGUAUCGCUUCUCUUCUCCAUACCGGUUUACUGGAUCGUGGGGUUAAACCCGUCGGUUCAAGCGUUCUCUUUCUUUGUGCUAUGUGUUUGGCUCAUCAUCCUCAUGGCUAGUUCUUUAGUGCUCUUCCUUAGCGCGGUUGCUCCUGACUUUAUUUCCGGGAACUCGCUUAUCUGCACUGUUCUUGGAGCGUUCUUUCUUUUCUCAGGUUACUUCAUACCCAAGGAAAAGAUCCCGAAGCCGUGGAUGUUCAUGUACUAUGUUUCUCUGUACCGGUACCCUCUGGAGUCGAUGCUGGUGAACGAGUACUGGAGCUUGAGGAAAGAGUGCUUCUCGGGAGGGGACACGGGGUGUUUGAUGACGGGAGAAGAUGUGUUGAAGAAGAGAGGGCUUGACGAGGACACAAGGUGGAUCAAUGUCGGGAUAAUGCUUGCCUUCUUCGUCUUCUAUCGUUUCCUCUGCUGGGGGAUUCUAGUCCGAAAGGCUUCUUCCAAGUCAACACUUUAAAAAGUUCAUUCAAUUAGUACAUAAGAGUUCCAGUUGUUUUUUUAGUGCACCAUUAUUAUUAACUAAUUUCAAACGGUUUUCACAAAAAAGAUCAUGAACUCAUAGAUAUGCUCUCUCAUGUGGGAAUCAUGGAU